AUGAACCUCCUCACCCAACUAGAUCCCUACGUCAGCGCCCUCCGCACCGACUAUCUCGAACCGUACGUAAUCCGACCGCUCGCGACAAUGCUCGCGUCAUCUAUGCCAGACCUGGUCUCCGUGCUGGCCCUGGCCUUUGUGCUCCUCAUCUCGUUGAAGAUCCUCGAUUAUGCGCGUCGUGUCAUCAUGUUUUGGGUUUCGCUUGUCUUGAGACUUAUCUGGUGGGGUCUUGUGCUGGGUUUGGGGUGCUAA